GAAAACAACCGCAGGGAGGAGGCAGUGCCCUUGUAAGGCCCAACUGGAGGUCGGAAGAGACACACCAGAGAGAAGCAAGCGGAGGAGAGAGAGAUCAGUAAAGAAAGAAAGAAAGAAAGAAAGAAAGAAAGAAAGAAAGAAAGAAAGAAAGAAAGAAAGAAAAAGAAAGAUCCAGGACCAUGAAAUCCCUCCUGGCUUCCCGUAUCAGUUCUCUCCGGUUUUUCUCCACCUCCGGCCCUCGGGCAUUGAAAAACAAAGUCCCAGAAUACCAGAAACUCUUCCAGGAGGACAAUGGGCUGCCUGUGCACCUUAAAGGAGGCACCAUCGAUGCCGUGAUGUACCGUGGAACCAUGAUCCUCAGUGUGUUUGGUGUCGGCCUCACCCUCUAUGUCCUGUUCGACGCUGCUUCUCCGAAGAAGAACAAAUGAGAAUGAAGCUUUAAGGGGGGGGAGAGACUUGGAAGUCGCCCCCAACCCAACCACCAAUACCUGUUCCAUCCCUCGGUUCCCCGGCAGAGAGAGAGCCUUGUUUUGUGGGGCGGAAGAAUUACCAAACCUGUCGGUUCUCAGGAACUUUUCGUCAGAAUGGCAACGAGCAAACGAGGUUGUUCGGAGACAUAAACAAGCAAAUGAAUUAAAUGAAUU